AAGCCAAAAACCCGAUAGAACGUACAACACGUCAUGCGGCAGCACCAGAUUCAGAGGUAGAUGCAAAUAUUCCGUGCUGAAAAGUCACCCUUUUAUGUACCUAGAUAUCGCACAAGAGGAAUAUUCCGCAGUCUAACAACGAACUUCAAAGUGGCGUGGUCGUUUUCGGUUCGAAUUCAACAUCGCAAACAGCGCCACAGCGAAUAGAGUUUUGUUUUCUACACAAAAAAAAGCAGUAUCAGCGUUUUUAUUUAACAUACUCGUAGGUGCGUUUUUGCGUUCAUAUAAAUGAAGAAAAUGUUUCGAUCAUCAGCUUUGAUUGAAGAAAUUAAGCAAAAACCCAGCUUAUGGGAUCCUGCAUACAAACAAUCUGCAGGAAAAAAAAUUCGAGCUAAACAAUGGGUUGAAGUGGCACAAAACUUAUUCCCAAAUUGGAGUUCAAUGCGAGCACGCGAGAGAAACGAAAAAGUACAAGAGGUUAAGCGAAAAUGGAAAAACAUACGAGAUUAUUACAAAAGAGGCAGUAAAAAUUGGAAUGGCAAAAAAUAUGUGUAUUCACAUUUGCUUCACUUCUUAGAAGAAGAUUCAGCUGCACAAAAAAGCAUUUCUUCAAGAAAAUCCGAUGAAAAUUCCAUUCCCCCAACAUCAAUACAAAAAACAGAAAUUUUUGAAUUCGAAAACGAUGAAAUUACUCAAAAUGAAUCAAUUUGUGAAAGCGAAGAUCAUGAAGCCGUCCAAGAAUUCAUAAUAGCUGAGUCUGAUGUACCAUCAGCCAUUGAAGUUACCCCAGCAUCAGAACAAUUAACAACUGCCCAAAGUUGUUUUCAAAUUAAUUCAGAACCUGAUGGUGACAAUGACCAUGAAUGUACUAAUGACCAAGAGCCUCCGUUAAAAAGAAGAAGUCAGCAAAAUAGUGAAUGUGAUGAUGCAGAUAGAUGUUUUCUUCUGUCCCUAUUACCAGAAAUGAGAAACAUGACUGGAUUACAAAAAGUUGGUUUCAAAAUAAACGUGUUGAAUGAAUUGUCUAGCAUAAUGCGUGACCAACAAAGUUUAACAAUAAAAGAAGAACUUUUUUCUUAAAAAGAAAAAUUAUUUUUAUCAAACGUUAAUAUAAUGUUAAUAUUUUAUAU